AUGAAUCUACUUUUGAUGUGUCUCCUUCUGGCUGUCGUAUCUGACGUCGUAGUCAGCGCUGUCUAUCUCACCACCUGUGCCAGAAUGGAUGUUCCAGUACUGGCGAAAGCCGCUAGAGCUGCCUGUAUAACAUCGUGCAGCGUACAGAACUGCGGCACUGGCUAUUGCGAGAAUCGUCGCGGCCGGAAAACCUGUGUAUGUUCCCGAUGUGCCAACGGUGGGAAUGUUCCUCUUGAUCUUUUGAUGAAAAAGAGGGGAAAGAAAUAA